GGCUGGACCCUUGCACCUUGGCCCACCCACUAAAGCGGCAGGUAAUAUGUUUACACAUAACAUUACACAUCAGUGUGUACUUAAAGCACCUACCACUAGCACUGCCAUCGGAGUUUAUUACAAGAUGAUCUGCAUGUCUCGCAUCUAAAGGAUUUGCAGUUUACUUCCACAACUUUGUGACAGAGAAACACUUCCUCGUCUGCCAGAAUGCCUCCUCCUGGUGUGUGUUUGAGUAUUAGGAAUGAACGCAAUAGGCGAAGUGGCCGAGGAUCUGCAACCAACCCUGACAAGUUCCUGGACCAGGACUUCGAUCAAUUGCAUCAAGGAUACUACCUCAAGAAUGAUUUGUUUAUAGACAGGAUGUUUCCUCCCGAAUGGAGGUCCAUUGGUGAUGGACUUCUCCAUCCAAAUGACUUGGCAAGAAUUGUGUGGCGAAGACCAGGGACAAUGGUGAAAGAUCCUUAUUUUAUUCUUGAUGGAGUCUCACGGUUUGACGUAAGGCAAGGUGGAAUUAUUGGAAACUGUUGGUUUCUUGCGUCUAUUGGAGCACUGACAUUUCAAGAGGACAUCAAGAAACAAAUUAUACCAGAAGGACAAUCUUUCAAAAAAGACUAUGCAGGAAUCUUUCACUUUAGGUUCUGGAGAUUUGGGAAGUGGGUAGAUGUGGUGAUUGACGACACGCUUCCAACAAUUGAUGGGAGGCUGAUAUUUGUGUACUCAAAAACCCCCAAUGAGUUUUGGGCUGCACUGAUGGAGAAGGCCUAUGCCAAGGUAUGUGGCUCCUAUGCUGACAUGAAUGCUGGCAGUGUGUCAGAGGCCCUGAUGGACUUGUCAGGGGGGAUCCACAUGACAUUCAAGCUGGAUGAAGCCCCCCCUGACCUGUGGGACAUCAUGGACAGAGCUGCCAAGUCCGCGUCCCUCAUGGCUUGUGGCACUCCACCAGGGCUGUCACCAGCCAACACUGUUCUGCCUAAUGGGAUUGUUCAUGGCCAUGCCUACACGAUUACAGGAUUAAUGCAGGUCAUGAGCAAUAGUCACCUUGUUAGACUAGUGAGGUUGUUAAAUCCUUGGGGGCAUGGAGAAUGGAAGGAAGACUGGAGUGAUAAAUCAUCCAAAUGGAAAACUGUCAGUCUAGAGGACCGAACAACUUGCCUCACCAUUGCUGAUGAUGGUGAAUUUUGGAUGUCGAUGGAGGAUUUCUGCAAGAACUAUUCUGACAUGGAUAUCUGCUCUUUGAGCCAUGAUUUCCUUGAUGGAUCCACAGAUUGUCACUGGCCAUACCAGUUCCAUAAAGGAAGAUGGGUCACUGGUGCUACUGCUGGUGGUUGCAGUAAUUAUAAAGAGAGUUUUUGGACAAACCCUCAGUAUCACAUCCAGGUGGAAACCAUUAAGGGUGAAUGUGCUAAGGACAAGGGGCUAAAGAACCUUCUGGUGUCCCUGAUGCAGAAGUCUGACAAGAGGAACAGGCGCUUGGCCUCCAACUUCCACAUUGGUUUCUCAGUUUUCAGUGUGCCACCUGAGUACAAAGGAAGAGAGGGGAAAUUCCCUGCAGAGUUCUUCAUGAGGAACCCUGUGGCUUCAACCAAAAAGUACCUCAAUGCUCGAGAAGUCAUGGAGUUCUUCAGACUGGUCCCGGGCGAGUACAUCAUUGUCCCCUCUACUUUCAAGCCCAAUGAGACGGCUUCCUUCAUCCUGGCCAUACACUCCAAGACAGACAGCCACCUCCUUGAUGAAAAUUCCAUCGACAGUUUGAAGAUUACAGAGCCCAUCCCUACUGAAAACAUGAAUGACAAUGACUCCAGAGUUACCAUAUUUCAGAAGUACACUGACCAGUAUGAAGAGGUGGAUGCGGAGCAGCUACAGAGGCUUCUGAAUGAGAACCUUCUCCAAGGAAAGUCACCGGGCUUUGGCUUAGAUACCUGCCGUAGUAUGGUUACCUUGAUGGAUCUCUCUGUCACGGGCCAUCUCAAUCACAAUGAAUUUCUUCGACUCUGGGACCGAGUUGUCAGAUACAGGGAAAUCUUUUACCGCACUGACACCUCGAGGACUGGCGAUCUGUCCCUUAGUGAACUACGGAAUGCUGUGAUUGCCGCAGGUAUACAGAUGAGCGAUGACUUGCUUAACCUCAUGGCUCUCCGCUACGGUGGCUCAACGGGAAGCCUGACGCUGGAGAGCUUUGUGUCACUCAUCCUGCGCUUGGAGUGCAUGUCCAAGAUCUUCAGAAAUCUGUCAGAUGGGAAAGGAAUCUAUCUCCAGGAGAAGGAGGUAACUAAUGUUGUAAAACAGAUGUUAUUAUCUCUUUAUUUACUUUUUAUUGCCAGAAAUAUUUAUCAAAAUAAUGAACAAUGAUACAAAAUUAUGUUUUUCUGUUGCAGUGGAUGUAUCUCAGCAUGUAUUCCUGAAUUAAACAUUGUUAAAUGAUGAAGACAA